AGAGCUGCAGACAGGAGAUGGGUAUGGCAUUUCUAUUUUCCCCCAGCCCAUUGAUUUGUAUAUGAAAACAUAGCGCUUUUAUUCUCCCCCCUUCUGGGCUCUGCUUCUGAGUGAUCAGCUGAUGAAGAGACUAGCAGCUCGCCGCUAUGCUGGCUUGCUAAUUCUCUCCCCCACAGCUGCAGCCGAUCCUGAUAGCCAGCCCGCAGAUUGCAGUCAGCCUGAGACAGGAGAGAACGGGUCCCUGGAGGAGAUGGAGGAGGACAUCAGUCUGAAGAAACGUAAAAGCGAUCACCAUGGUGAGAAGGAACUGCAGGCUGGGCAGGAAACUGGGGAAAAGGUCAAAAGGAAGCGAGGACGCCCACCAGCCGAGAAACUGCCUCCAAAUCCACCUGAGCUCACCAGAACACUGAGCACGCUAGUAGACAUGGUGAUCAACUACAAGGACGGGUUGGGCCGACAGAUCAGUAAAGGCUUUGUGCAGCUUCCCUCUAAGAAGGAGGUACCUGAGUACUACGAGCUGAUCCGAAAGCCUGUGGACUUCAGAAGGAUCAGGGAGCGUGUGCGUAAUCACAAGUACAGAAGUGUGGGGGAUUUGGAAAAGGAUAUAUUCCUCCUGUGUCACAAUGCCCAGACUUAUAACCUGGAGGGAUCUCAGAUCUAUGAGGAUUCAAUUGUCAUUAAGUCUGUUUUCGAGAGUGCGAGACAGAGACUUGUCACAGAUGAGGAACAGAAAGAGACGGUUAGCGCCAGUCACAGCGAUAACGGCGGCGGGGCUGAAGACCAGUUUGUCCCAUCAGCAGUGAAACCAUUACCAGUGCAGCUAAAGAAAGGGAAUGAGGAGGAGAGAAGCAGAAAUACCAUGGCCAAGAGGCUCCACAGUGAUUUAGACAGCGAUGAGGAUCUAGAGGAUAACACCACAAAAGAUGAAGGUUGAACUGAAGGGCCUGCCGCUUUUUUGUAUUCUGAUUCAUUCGCUGCCACAUCCCUUUUCAUCGGUUUCUUCAUUUUCCAAGCAAAAGAAAGGUGUUUGAAAAUAAAAUGGAAACGACCACUCAAAGAGACGUACUUGUGGAUCAAUGCUUUUUCUUUCAGAUGCCACUCAAACGCGUCUUGCACAUAGUGCUGUUCUUUUAAUUUCGCUAGUCUUUUUACAGUAAUUUCCGUUCAAUCUGCCUUAGUCCCUGUGAUUGCUUCUGCAAAUAUUCUGUAAAACACCAGUUUCACCAACUGUUUUUAGUCCAUAUAUUUGAUUGUAUGAAAUGCCUUCAUAUGUCUUGGAGCAUGAUAUGUACAUCUCUCCUGAAGCUGGCUCCUCCAGAGCAGCGCCUGCUGAUGACAAUGUUGAUGUGUUCAGGGCUCGAGAUUUGAAGCACACGGGGGAAGGUCUUUUUUUAAAGAAAACGUUUAAAAAAUCUCUGUCAUCUGUGAUUUUAGAGACGAUGCAUCUUUGAUAAAAACCACAGUGAAAGUACGAAGUCAAAGAGACUACUUGAUGGAACAGGUUUUGGUCUAAUCAAGGGUACUCUAGUUGAACAUUUGUAUCCCUUGUGCUACAGUAUAUACACAUAUUGUACAGUUUGUGUGAAAAGUAAGUAAAAAAAAAGUCAAAUUUCUUUUCAUUUACUCUCCUGGGUG